AUGGAGGAAAGGAGCACUAGUGGAGAUUUCCUAAGCAAGGAUUCCAACAUCUCAACCUGGGAGACUACCAUCACAGCACCAAAUGGAAGCAUCUACAAUGAUUCUCCACAUUGUGACAUCAAGUUCCACCCCACAAUUUAUCUUUCCUUUGUCUUUAUACUGGUUGGAUUGACAGGAAAUGCCAUAGUGAUAUGGCUUCUGGGCUUCCGCAUGCACAGGAAUGCCUUCUCUGUGUACAUCCUCAACCUGGCUAUGGCUGACUUUCUCUUCCUGAGUUUUUUUGUCACUUCCAUCUUCUUUUCCAUCCACUUCCUUUCAUUUCUUCUUCUUCUUCUUGUGCAAAGACUUACUUAUCUUUCUGGGCUGAGCAUUCUCAGUGCCAUUAGUGUUGAGCGCUGUCUGUCUGUCUUGUGGCCCAUCUGGUAUCGCUGCCGACGCCCAAGGCACACAUCAGCUGUCACAUGUGCCUUGCUUUGGGCUCUGUCCCUGCUCUUGAGUCUCCUGCAUGGAGAGGCGUGUGGCUUUCUGUUUAAUAGUAUUGACUUUUUUCGGUGUCGGACAUUAAAUUACUUCACAGCUUCCUGGUUAAUUGUUUUAUUUGUGGUACUCUGUGUGUCCAGCCUCACCCUGCUGGUGAGGAUCUUUUGUGGCUCACAGCGGAUCCCUGUGACCAGGCUGUGUGUAAUCAUUGUACUCACAGUGCUGUUCUUCCUGAUCUUUGGUCUCCCCUUGGGCAUCUACUUUCUCCUCAGCAAAUGGUUUGGAAAUUUGGAUUAUGCUAAAAUUUGCAAUCUUAAUAUUACUGUAUCACUUCUAUCCUGUGUUAAUAGCUGUGCCAACCCCAUCAUUUACUUCUUCAUUGGAUCCAUCAGGCACCGCAGGUUCCACCGGAAGUCUCUGAAGCUGUUACUUCAGAGAGCCUUGCAGGACACUCCUGAGGAGGAAGGUGGAGAGAGGGCCUGUCCAAGAAAGACUGAGGAACAUGAAACACUGUAG